GGAGCGCUGCGAGUUCUUGCAUGGACGAGUCGGUCUCGUUCGUUCUUGCCCAUGGCUGCUGUUGCUUCACGAGGAUUCUCCAAGGUGGUCGAGAACAAUGUCAAUGGCAAGGAACGGCUCGAAAAAUUGGGGGAAUUGGCAUCAUAUCCCCAUUUCCAUGUUUCGCAUUCUCUCUCUGAUUUCCGAAGCAAGUGGGACUAUUUAAAGAACGGAGAACGCGAUGAGGCGAGCGAAGUGUACGUUGCAGGAAGAAUUAUAAACAAGCGGAGUGCGGGAUCGAAGCUGUAUUUUUACGACAUCCGUUCUGGUGAAACAAUGCUCCAGGUCAUGUCCUCUCUCAAUACAUACGAAACGAACGACCCGACUCCUGAGGAGAAAAAAGAGCACUUCAAGCACAUCCACAAAAACCUCCGUACCGGCGACGUCAUCGGCAUCCACGGCAUUCCAGGCCGCACGGACAUGGGCGAGCUGAGCGUUCUCCCCAAGCAGAUCACCCUGCUGGCGCCAUGUCUCUGGACGGUUCCUCGCGAGUGGCACGAGCUCAAAGACCCCGACGUAAAAUACCGAAAACGCUACCUCGACCUCCUCAUCAGCCAGCACACGCGCCAAGUCUUCUACACGCGGUCUAAAAUCAUCCAAUUAAUCCGCUCCUUCCUCACCGCCGAAGGCUUCCUCGACGUCGAGACGUCCAUCCUCAGCGGCCUGGCCGGCGGCGCGGUGGCGACGCCGUUCGUCACGCGAAGUCAGAGCCAAAACCGCGAUUUAGCGCUUCGCAUCAGUCCCGAAUUGGCGCUGAAAGAACUCGUGGUGGGCGGGCUGGACCGCGUGUUCGAGAUGGGGAAGGUGUUCCGCAAUGAGGGACUCGACAGCAAACACAAUUUCGAGUUCACAUCCGUCGAGGCGUACAUGGCGUUUCAUGAUUACACCGACUGGAUGCGACUCACCGAGAAACUGCUGCAUCACGUGUGUGUGGAGGUGAAUCAGGCCGACUCGCUAAUGGUCGAUGGAACACAAAUCUCGUUCGCUCCGCCCUAUCGGAGAAUUGAUGUCCAGGAAGAACUGGAGCGAAUUCUUGGGCCGCUGCCCGAUCUGAAUAGCGAGAAUAGUAUUCCAGAAUUAUUGGCGAUUUGUGAGAAGCAGCAGGUGAAGGUAAAUCCGCCGGUUACGCUUCCGCGCGUGUUGGAUGCGUUGAUUGGGCGGUUUAUCGAACCACAGUGCGUGCAGCCGACCUUCAUCAUGAAUCAUCCCGCAGUGAUGUCUCCGCUUUCGAAGGUGAACGAAGCCACUGGGAAGUCGGAGCGGUUUGAGUUGUUUGUUAACGGCGUGGAGAUCGUAAAUGCCUACACCGAGCAGAAUGAUCCAGUGAAACAAGAAAUGAGCUUUGCGAAGCAGGGAGAGCAGCGCGCGAUCGGCGAUAAAGAGAUUCCGCCUGCCGAUCUGACCUUUUUGAAUGCUCUGGAAUAUGGCCUGCCUCCAACAGCGGGAUGGGGAAUGGGCGUCGAUCGUUUGGUGAUGUUGAUGACGAAUCAGUCAAGUAUUCGCGAUGUUAUCUUCUUCCCCGUGUUAAAGGAAGCGGAAGCGAAGGAAUAG